ACUCGCCGUGCCGUACACUGGUGUGAAUUACUCUUUUUGGUGUGCCUGUGGAAGUAACGGACGACAUGAUAGUAUGACAGUGUCGAUGGGAACACUCGGAUGACUUUGUGGUUGUGAGGAGUUUCAUGUGAGAUGAUUUGCUGAACUGGAGCUACUGCAACAUGCGUCUUCCCUUCGACCAACCGGGGAAUAUCGGCAGUUUGUCCGCCGUGUAAAUGCGGUGAUGAGGCUGGAUGAAGUAUAGUCAACGGGAAACAACAAUGACACUGACUGGAGUCAAACCGGAAAGGAAAUACUAUACACAAACUUAAAUAAAUGUGUGUGCUGCUGACACAAUGUACCUGGCAACAUCACAGAGGAAGGAGUUCACAUAGCAACGCUAAUUGUUAUCUUUGACCGAUAAUGAGGUGACGUCAUGAGAAAGUCUUAGUGCGCAUGCCUGUCAUCGUCAUGCACUUUUCUUUUCUGAGCGUCGGUCCUUGGAAAGUAAACGUGCCACUUUAGGAAGUCGCUAUGGAUCUGAAGCGUCAGUGGGAAUAAUUAUCCGAGUUGGAUGUGACAGUCAUCCAUAGUGUUUUGAAUUGUCCAUUGGAUGAGAUUUGUGUUGAAGUCAAUCAAACUCGAAGCACUCCACGUCGCGAGACCUUGCAUGGUGGGGGAAUGCCGCUACAUUCAAGUGUGCUGUCGCGUGCGGCCGGGGCCUCUUGAAACAAAAAUAUUACUCUUAAUUAUUCAAACAUGGUGUAAUCGCGUGAGCUCCCACAACCCCACUGGGCCCCCCCGUAGAGGUGGAUUUAUCGGAGGCGAAGGUUACUGGAGCGUAGGCCUGCUACGAUUGAUAUGAAGACCAUGGCCAGGUUGACUGACGAUCAUUUAUGUGGUCGCACGUGGCAGAGUCAUCAUGGUCCUUUCUGCCUUCAUCAUGGAUUUAUCGGACUUGCGCAAGGCUACACGGCGGAGUGUCGGGUUGGGAGGGAGCCUGCAACCUCAGUGGUGGUACCGCUGAAGGGUGGUGGUAGACCAGCCAAGACCCGUGGAUUAGCAGAGAUGACGGGUAUACGUGCUUCGGAUUGGACAGGGUUGUGUCUCCUCUUUUUGUGGGUAAUCGUCUUCAUUAGUAGCGUGAAUGCCGCGUCAGCGACGGCGCGAAACCGUAAAGUAAUCCGGGUGGACGGCGACGUGAUUGUCGGUGCUCUGUUCUCCGUCCAUCAUGUCCCGAGCGAGAGCCAAGCGACGGAUCGGACAUGUGGGGAUAUCCAGGAGCAAUACGGGAUCCAACGGGUUGAGGUGAUGAUGAAAACCGUAGCGGAUAUCAAUAAGGACCCCACAAUCCUCCCUAAUGUCACCAUAGGGUUUGAAAUCAGAGAUUCAUGUUGGUACUCAUCUGUUGCUUUAGAACAGAGCCUGGAGUUUGUUAGCGAUAACAUCGGAGCGGGCAGUCAGGACAUCACGGGCGGGGACCCUUCUUCCUUCGCACCGGGGGGUCCCAACCAGUGUCUCCCGGGUGGUGUAGGAACCUCUAUACCAACCCGUAAACCCAUAGUCGGGGUAAUAGGACCCGGCUCCAGUGCUGUUGCGAUACAAGUUCAGAAUCUUUUACAGUUGUUCAGCAUUCCCCAAGUGGCCUAUUCGGCUACCAGUAAGGAUUUAAGCGACAAGACGCUCUAUGAGUAUUUUAUCAGAGUGUGCCCGUCUGAUACCCUUCAGGCCCAGGCCAUGGUGGAUAUCGUUGCUAGAUACAACUGGAGUUAUGUUUCCGCUGUCCAUACAGUGGGUAAGUUCCAACCUUCACUUUAUCUUUUUGAUACGUUUACCAUGCCCAAUAAGUGCAGGAAAUAA